AUGAAAUUCGGCCUUCUACUCUUCCUUUUAUUCGUCUUGUCUACAAUUUCUCCUAUUAUUACUAAUGAAUUAUUUCAACAAACACUUUUUAAUACUGAUGGUACGCUUCAAAAACUUCGACAAAAAACUGCUAGUAAAUAUCGCAAUUUAAAAACAAAAAUUUCAAAUAAUAAUAAUCGACCAUAUCAACCACCUAUUGUUAUAUCUGAUACUACGCAAAGGCGUCCGGUUAAUCAGGCAAAUACAAAUAACAUUACUCAUGCUACUAUCAACAAUAUCUACUCAACAUCGUCGAUGGCUGAAGACUAUUGUCGAGAUUUUGGCCCAACAUCAUCUGUAUUACUGUUUGCUUAUCGCGGUAGUUGUUAUUCGUUAACAAAUCAAGCUGUAACAUGGUCGCAAGCUGAUAAUUUAUGCCAAAGUCAUUUUCAUGCUACUACAAAUAAAAAUCAAGGUGGUUUAGCAUUAUUUGAAGAUGCUAUUGAAUUUGAUUAUAUUGGACAAAUUAUUGGCAUAUUUAAUCAAUCAGCGACCGAAUUUGGAGCGUAUAUUGGUUUUAGUUACCGAAAUCAAUCAUGGUUGUGGUUAAAUGGGCGUCACGUAAAUUUUUCUGAAACACCACCAAGUGUUAUUGCACCAAAUAAUCUUAUUUUUCCUUAUCAACAACAAAAACCAUGUGGCAAAAUUGAACUAUUAAGACCCAAUGAAACGACAAGUCAUUUUGGUUUAAUGCAGCAAGAAUGUACAAAAAUUGAACGUGCACUUUGUAAAAUUAAAGUGGAUCAUUGUUUUGAAAAUGAUCUUUGUGGCAUACAUGGUGUAUGUAAUAAUGAUGGAACAACAUUCCGUUGUGAAUGUGCUUUUCUUUACGAUGGGAAAUAUUGUGAUAAAUAUAGUUCAGAAGCAAUACAAGUUAUUGCAGCUUGUCUAUUUAUUGGUUUAGCUUGUAUUGGUAUUUGUGUAUGUAAACGAUCACAAAAAUAUAAAAAUAAUUAUCGAAAAAGACAAAUACAAAGACGAAAUGAAAAUAGUGAUAAAUAUGUUACUAAUGGUUCAUCAGGUGGCAAAUGCCAACAGUUAUUUGGUAAAUUCAUGGGUUCGUCUCAGUCAUCAUCUUCAUCAGACUUUAAAAAGUCGUCUCUUCCACCUCCAUUACCUAAUCCUCGUCCAAAUAUUACAAAAUUUCCAAAGCGUCAUCGUCCAAAACCAAUUAUGGAUGGUUUACUCACAUUUAUACAAUCAUUUUUAACUGUUACUGUUGCUGGUAUAUCAAUCGUUUAUAUUUGUGUUCAACGUGCCAGUUCAAUAUAUGAUGAACAUACUGAAAAAUCGAAUAAGAAUUUUUCAGCAAAAAAUUAUCUAUGCCAUUUAAUUGGCUCGAAUAAUUCCAAUCAAAAUAUAAUCAUGUUACCAUUAUCAAUUGUAUUAACAGUACUUCUUUUUCUAAUUCAUCAAACAAUAAAUGUUGAUAAAAAGAAAAGUUAUUUUCAAAAUUUAACAUUUCCAAUUAUUGUUAAUCCAUUUCAAAAGUCGAACCGUUUUCAUACAAUAAUUGUAUUUGCAAUAAUAUCGAAUCAACUAAUGACAUUACUAUACGAAAUAUUAUUUUCAUCGAAUUUCAAUUUUCAUCAUGGAAUAUUAUUUGAUUUAGUACGUCGUUUUGGUUUAAUUAUACUUUAUGGUAUAAGAUAUUUUCCAAUAUUAUUAUCAUUGAAUGUUCAUUCAUUUUUAUCAACUUUUUUUACAUCACUAUUUUUAACAUUCGAUUUAUUAUUAUCAGUUUAUUAUGAAGCUAAUUGUAUUAAUUCAUUAACAUCAAUGAUUGGUUUUAAAACACGUCCACAAAUCGAAAUGUCACGCAUAAAUUAUUUAUUAGUUCGAUGUCUUCCACAUUAUGUUGCAUUAGGACAUAUUAUGGCAAGAUUUUAUACAUUAACAUUACGAAAUUUUUUUAUACUAUGUAAAGGUAAUAGUGAUCGAUGGAAUACAAUGGCUAAUUCAACGUAUCAUACAACAUCAAUUGAAUAUGAUAAUGAUUGGUAUUAUACAAAAAGUUUAUUAGUUAGUAAACGAAAAUCUUCAUCGACAAGUUAUUAUUUAUAUGCUCAAACGUUGCAUGAAGAAAAAAAUUGUUCAUGCAUACAAAGUUUUACUCAUUUAUUUUAUAAACCAAAAGCAUAUUUUCGUUUUUCAUUAUUAGUCUUAUUUACAUAUACUGUUUCAUUUCUUGUUUUAUAUUAUUUAACAUGUUCAAUUAUAUUUUCGAGUACAUUUACAUUAAGAAUCGUUAUGAAUUUAACAGGAAAUAUUAUUAUUAAAUUAAUUAAUAUGACAAAUUUCAAUUUAUCAAUAAAAUCAUUGGAAAAUUUAUCAUUUCAAAAUGAAAUUUAUAUGUCAUGUUUAUUAUCAUUUUUCAUUUAUGUCAUACAAUUAUUACUUGGUUUGAAAAAAUAUCAAACCGAUAUGUUAGAUUAUUAUCGAGGAAAAUACUAUAGAAAUAAACAAGAUUUUCCAUCGUCAACAUGCAUUCUACAAAAAUCGUUUCAUUAUUCUGGUUAUCAAGUUGGCUAUUUAGCGUAUGGUUUUAUUAUGAUCAAUUAUUUUAUGUUCAUAACGUGUUUAACUUGUAAAUUAUUAUUUAUACAUCCAUUAUUAACGAAAAUUCUUCUGAAAAUUAUUGCACCAAUGGUUAUUCUAUUUGCAUUGAAGCAUGUCAUUGUACAUUGUUUAACAAAAUAUUUUUUCUCAAGAGUUAUUAGAUCACAUAGAAAAUCAAAACAAAAUAUUCAAAAUGAUAGCAAAGAUGAGCACGAUACUUAUAUCGAAAGACCAGAUCAAGCAAUUUAUUGUGAUUCAACUGGUUCAUCAACAUUAACUCCCAACGAUGACGAUGAUGAUGAAGAGUCUGAUUUAUUUACACUAGAAAAUCGUCAUGCUUAUUUUCUAUUUGUUUAUUUCAAUUUUUUCUUUGAUUGCUUUCUUGGUAUAGUAUCAUGUGUAUCACGCUUAGUGAAAUCAGGAAUUGCUCUUGUACUUUUUAUGCCGAGACUCGAUUAUAGUAUAUUUGGAAGAAGUUUAGAAACAAUUGAUAAUGGCUAUACAGCAUAUACAUCUUAUCUCUAUGUUGAAGCUAUGCAUACACAUCCAAUUUUAAUUACAUUUACACAAAUUAUUUAUAUGAAUAUACUUGAAAAACGACGACGACAAAAACAUUUUCUAUUAAUUGAUGAAAAACAAAUAAUAGAACAAAACAGACGAAAAUGUUUACGUUUUCGAUGGUUUCUACUAAUAACUUUAAUGAAUAAUUUAUCAUUGAUAUCAACACGACGACACCAUCAAAAACUGACAAUAUUUAGACACCCUCAGAAAAUCAAUGAACGGACUUUUUCCGGUUCAUUAUUGUCAAAAGGAACGGUUACAGUUAAUAUGUGCCAGUGA